CUAUCAUUCAUUUCCAUUCUCUCUCUCUCUCUCUCUCUCUCUCUCUCUCUCUCUCUCUCUCUCUCUCUCUCAAUUUUUCUCUCUCUUUCCAUCACAUACAACAACUCAGCUGCAGGAGCUAGCUCCCAUCUGAAAGGAAUUCCAUGCUCCACAAAAACACACAAUCUCAGAAAAAGAUAGACCCACUUGCCCACUAACCGAUAGGAAUUUGUGUGUCACCUCACCUCAUCUCUCACUUCCCAUACACACACAAAAUUUAGUGACAGUGAAAAAAAAUAUUUUUUUUUUCCUUAUAAAAAAACUAAACAAACCCCACCAAUUUUUUUUUCUUAAAAAAGUGCUUAUUAUUAAGAGAAAUUAAUUAUAUGAGAAAGCAAUAUCAUGGAAUUGGAAGGUGAUCAUCAAAAUAAUGGAAUCCGAAGCAGACCCAAUUUCCCUCUUCAGCUUUUAGAGAAAAAAGAUAACAAUAUCCUAGAUGUCUCCGAAGAACAACAACUUUGUUCAAACACCGCAAACGACGGCUCAGGCACCAUCAUCACAUCAGACAGCCAGAAAAAGCCAGCGCCAAAGCGGGCCUCGACGAAAGACCGGCAUACAAAAGUGGACGGACGAGGCCGCCGGAUCCGCAUGCCGGCGGCCUGUGCAGCUAGAGUGUUCCAGCUCACGCGUGAGCUGGGACAUAAAUCAGACGGUGAGACGAUCGAGUGGCUACUUCAACAAGCAGAGCCAGCUGUCAUCGCCGCCACCGGUACAGGAACAAUUCCGGCCAACUUUACUUCUCUUAACAUCUCUCUUAGAAGCUCAGGUUCAACUAUGUCAGCGCCAUCACACUAUUUUAGAGGUAACUACUUCAACCCUAGCUCGUUUUCAACCGCGGCAGCCGCGGCGGCUCAGCUUAGAAACCGAGCUGAAUGGGACAGAACUAUGAACAUGAAUAUGAACGUUACAGCUGAUGAUUCUAGAAGGAAUAACAAUAUGAUGGAGAAUCCUUCAUCUUUAUCAGCAAUUUUGAAUUUCAACAACGUGCAAAAUGCUAUUCUACAAGCAAAACAAGAGCUCCGGGAAGAAAACGCAACCGGAGGCGGCGGCGGUGGUGGAGGUUUUGAUUUAUUGGGUUCUGAUUCUGAUGGAAGCAUAGGGAGGAAAAGAAGGUCAGAGCAAGAAUUGUUAUCACAAAAUAUGGGAAGUUAUUUGUUACAAUCAAAUGUGGGGUCACUUCCUUCAAGUCAUGCUUCCAAUACGGCAGCGUUUUGGAUGGUAACAGGUAAUGGUAACCAAAGUGUUAAUGGUGGUGGUAAUGGAAAUGAUCCAAUUUGGGCAAUUCCUUCUGUUGGGAAUAAUGGUUUGUAUAGAGGAGCUAUGCCUUCUAAUGGAAUUCAUUUCAUGAAUUUUGCUUCUCCAAUGAAUCUUAUGCCUGGAAGUCAAUUAGGUUCUGGACUUGUCGGCGGUGGUGGUGGAGGUGGUACUGGUAUUAUGGCCGAAAGUAAUUUAAGUAUGCUUUCGGCCAUGAAUGCCUAUAGGCAGAUUCAGACAAAUGGCAUGUCCGAGUCGCCGGGGCAACAUCAUGGAGGAGGAGGAGGAGAUGAUGGACCUGAUGACUCGAGCAGUCAACAAUCCUAAAAUUAGGAUUAAUCAAGUAAUUACAAGUGUAUGAUCUAGCAUGUUAAUUUUCUUUUAAUUAUUAUAAUUACUACUACUAUAUAUAUUAGCUUUUCUAAUGUUUAAUUUGCAAAAAAUAUAUAUAAUAUUGUAUACAUAUAUAAAUAUAUUAUAUAUGUUAUAUGUUAUGUCCA